AUGAAUCGGAAUAAAGACUUAGAUGAACUUCUUUUCUAAAAGAAUAAUAAUGAUUUAAAAUAAGACUUAGAGAAACCUCCAUAUUCAAACAUAGAUAUUACUAUAACAUCUUAUAGUGAAAUAUCUGAUGGAACUCCUAAUAAAUUUCCAAUUAAGAAAGUUUAUACAGAAUAAAAUUGUUGUUAACAUCAAAAAAAAAGAAUAUUAACUUAAGAAGAAUAAAUCCAUUAAUAAAAUAUUAUGUAAGCAUCUAAUUCAAUUUUGGAAUCUAUGACACCUUAAAAAAUGAAUAAUUUAAUUGAUUGGUCUAAAUAUAAUGUAACACCAGGGGAUGGCAAAAAUAUAUUUCCAUAAGUUUAAGGACCAAGUAUUGAAUUUUCAAAUGAAAAUUCAUUAAAUUUUAAAUAACCGUAAAAACUUAAUUUAAACUCUGAUAUUCUCUUAAAUAAAUAUAUUGAAAUAGAAGAGAGAUUAAAAUUAUUAUAGGCAAAGCAUAAAGACUUUUCAACCCUUGAAACUUUAAGAGGAAAAAAUCUUUAAAUUGCCACUUAAAAAAUAGUUAGUUAGCAAGAUGUUAUUCGAGCAAAAGAUAAAAUAAUAGAUGAAUUAAAUUUAGAAAUAAAAAAAAUGAAAGAAAAUGAUGUUUAAAUAAAGGAUCUAGUUAAAGUAAUUGAACAAAAGGACUAAAUUUUAAGUGAAUUCAAUAAUAAAUCUGAUAAGGAUAGGAUAAUAGAAAAUUAGGAACAAUAAAUUCAAAAUCUAACUAGCAGAUUAAAAAAAGAAAUAGAAUAUAGAAAACAGGAUGAAAACAUAUUGUCUGAAAUUAAACUCAAAGAGAUUAAAAGAUCUAGUGUUUUAGAACUUAAUACUAAAUGCUAAUCUUGUAGUUAAAGUAAAUAAGAAUUGAAAAAUAUAUUAUAAGAAUGUUCAAUUGAAGAUGAAAAGAAUAUUUUAGAUGGGGAUAUGCCAGUUCCAAUGUAAAUAAGAGAAGUAGUUACUCUACUAUUAACAAAAUAAAGAGAAUAAAUUGAUAUAGCAUUCUAAUAAUAUGAAGAUUAAUUAAAAGAAUUAUCUGAUUAAAUUGAAUAUUUUAAAGAAUAAAAUAAUAAUUUAAUUGAGGAAAACAAUAAAUUACAAAAUUAAUUAUCAAUUAUUUUAAAUUAAAGAGGAGAGCAAGAAAAAAAAUUGUAUGAAGAAUUUGAAAAAGUAAAGAAGAUCAAUAUCCUUUUGAUUUAAGAAAAUUAAGCAAUUAAAAAAUAAUUCUAAGUAUAAUCUCCCAGAAAUAAUGAUCAUUUAAAAUCUAUAGAUACAGAUAAUUUAGGCCAUUUCAAAUCUAUAUAAACUGAUAGAUCUAGUUUAAAUAAUGAAAUAGUUCAAAUAAAAUAAUAAUUUUAAAAUUAGAUAAAGGAUUUAUUAUAAAAAAUAUAAGACUAAGAAGAGUAAAUAUAAUAAUUAAAGAAUGAUUCAUUUAAAAAUUUAUCUUCAUCCAAAAGGGAGUAAAAUUAAAAAAAUCAAAUUAGUUAAAAUGAAGUGAAAUAAUAAUAAUAACAACUCAAAGAAAAAGAUAAAAAAAAUAUAGAACUUUAUUCUUAAUUAAAAUAAUUGUAGUCAGUAUAAAAAGAGAAUGAACAAGUAAUUUUAGAUCUUAAAAAUGAACAAGAAAAAUAAAGAAAGACACUUUAGUAGAAGAAUAAUGAAGUUAAGUAAUUAAUAGAAUAGAAUAAAAUAUUUUAAGAUAAAAAUACAGAGUUUAAUUAAUAGAUACUUUUGCUUUAAUAAUAAUUAAUAUAAUAGGAAAAUGAGAUAAAAAUAAAUGAUUAUAAAUAAUCACCUAAUAAUAAGAGUAUGGAGUAAGGAAGAGUAGUUAGUUAAUAUUUAUAAUAAAAUUUGAGUUAAUAAUAAUUAAAUCAAUUAGUGGAUGAAUACAAGAGUUAUCAAUAAGAGUUUAUAGAUUUGAAAUAAGUAUUUACAGAGAAGAUUAGAUAAUGUGAAAUUUUAUAAAAUGUAUAAUUAGUAAUAAUUAUUAUUAGAAAAUAUCAAAACUUUAAUAAGAGAAUAAUGAAUUGGUUUAGGUAAAUUAAAAGUUAAUGAUAGAGAAUCAAAAUCAUAAGGAUGACAAAAUAACAAAAAGAAUAUCUGAAGAAAUUACAACAGGAGUAAGAUGUUCUGCAGCUACUGGUGAUUCAAUCAAUAUUAAAUCAUUUAUCUAAUAAGGAGAUGAAGAAUACAUGAAGAGAAAACAAUUAAACAUUUUAGAUUUGAUAUAACCAGAAUUAAUGUCUACUGAAGAAACUUUAUAUAUUCUAAAAGAAAUAUUAAUUCGAUCUGUAAAAUCUAUAGAAUUGAUAAAAUAAAUAUAUUAGAUUGCUGAACUAAAAGAAUUAUUGUUCAUUUUUCAAUAAGUUGAUGAAAAGCAUUAGAGUUCCAAUAAAAAAUUGACAAAGGUGAUUAGUUGUAUUUUAGGAGAAAAAAGAAAAAUAAAAUAUACAAAUAGAAGUGAAAAGGCAGAUUUCUAUAAUUCUUGA